CACCUCCAUCGUGAGCGUUGGUCGUUUGGGUGAUCGUGGCUGUUGGUUCCGGUGGAAGUUGAGGGGAAGCGGUCGGCUGAGACGACGAAAAAGAGGGAAGGAUGUCGGGAAUGGGAGACGGGUACGUGGGCACGGCCCAGGAUGCCGUCAGGAUCCGACGGCUCGAGAAACAGAGAGAGGCCGAGCGCCGCAAAAUCCAAGAGCUCAAAACGAAGUCGGCCUCCGCCAAAGGCCAGCCUGGUCUUCUCCAAUUCGGUUCUAGCACUUCUGAGAUUCUUGAGACUGCAUUCAAAAAGGAGACUGUUGGUCUAGUGACUAGAGAGCAGUAUGUGGAGAAGAGGGUUAAUAUUCGGAACAAGAUAGAGGAGGAAGAGAAAGAGAAGCUACAGAAGCUACAGCAAGAGGAGGAAGAGCUUCAAUUAGAAAAGCGUAAGAAGAGGAAAAUAAAGGGAAAUUCUCGGUUGUCUUUUGCUGAGGAUAUUGAGAAUGGCAGUGAAGAGGAAGAAGCAGAAAACAAGACUACGGAAACAAAUAAACUUAGGCGUGGUAAACUUGGUAAAGACCCUACUGUUGAAACUAGCUUUCUACCUGACAGUGAGCGAGAGGCUGAGGAACAAGCAGAACGUGAAAGGCUGCGGAAACAAUGGCUUCAUGAGCAAGAACAGAUACGAAAUGAACCUCUUGAAAUUACGUACAGCUACUGGGAUGGAGCUGGCCAUAGGCGUGUGAUCCAGGUACGAAAGGGUGAUACAAUUGGAGAGUUUCUUCGUGCUGUCCAGCAACAAUUGGCCCCUGAGUUUCGUGAGAUUCGAACAACUUCAGUGGAAAAUUUGCUUUAUGUGAAAGAAGAUCUUAUUAUUCCCCAUCAACACAGCUUUUAUGAGUUGAUCGUAAACAAGGCUCGAGGCAAAAGUGGACCUCUUUUCCACUUUGAUGUGCAUGAGGAUGUCCGAACAAUUGCUGAUGCAACAAUAGAGAAGGAUGAGUCUCAUGCCGGAAAAGUUGUAGAAAGGCACUGGUACGAAAAGAACAAGCAUAUAUUUCCUGCUUCAAGAUGGGAGAUAUAUGACCCAACAAAGAAAUGGGAACGUUAUACCAUCCAUGGAGAUUGAUUGUAGCUGCUGAUUGAUGUCUGUGCAUUUGCCUAUUUGAUCAUGCCCCAAGUGAAAAUCGUGAAAAGGAAAAGGGGACAAUUUUGAUGCAAUUCAUGGGUUGGAACUAGGCGAUAUUUAUUUCUGUAAUUUUCAAAUUGUGCACAAGCCUGAGCACUCAGAUUCAUAUUAUAGGGGAUUGUGGCUGCAAUUUUAGAUGGCUAAUCAAUAUCAAUAUAUUUUUUUAACCGGCAAA